GCGGACACUGCGCUUUGCAGAGAGCUUCUUCUUCGUCUUUCGCCGAUAGAGAGAGAACAGAAUUCGCUUUCAGGUCGACAUUCUGAUUUUGCUGAAAAAGCUCCUGAUUCCGAGUUGGGCCCUCGUAGAGUUCGAUCUAUCGAGAGAGAGAGAGAGGGGGCGAGAGAGAUGAGGGUGUUGUUGUUGAUCCUUCUCCAAUCCGUCCUCUGCGCGCAUGUGCUCGCCGAUAAGAUCUUGACGGCUCAUGUUGGUGGUACUUUGGGACGUAGUUCUCGUGAACCAAAGUAUAAUAUCGAGUUCCAUCCAGAAGGCUCUCCCUUUCAUCCAGAUGAUGAUCAGGAAUCAGUAGUAAUGCCUGGUAAAGAUGGACAGAAGUACUUAUGUUUCUUACCCAAGGUUGAGAAAGCCAAGAGUGAAACACCUGUUAUUCAGCAGAAUGUGACCAGUAUGAUUGUGGAAACGGAGAACCGCGUCAAAUUGAAGACACCUGAUGAGCUGCUUGAAGUACUAAAGGACAAGUGCCUCCUAAGUCAAGAAGGUUGGUGGUCAUAUGAGUUCUGUUAUCACGAGAAGAUACGGCAAUUUCACGUGGAGGAUGAAAAGGUGGUCCAGGAAUUUAUCUUAGGUAACUAUGAUUCAGAGGCCACAUCUGCUUUCAACCAGAAUCUCUCUGAUGUAUCAACAUUGAAGGAUCCCCGAUCAAAAGAUGCUUCACAAAGGUAUCAUGCUCAUCAGUACACAAACGGGACUACCUGCGAUCUUACAAAUCAGCCUCGUGAGACUGAGGUGAGAUUUGUCUGCUCAGAGCCUAGAGCUAUGAUUACUUCCAUCACAGAGUUGUCCACGUGUAAAUACGCUCUCACAAUUCAAAUCCCAAUGCUAUGCAAGCAUCCAUUGUUCCAAGAAGAGAGACCAGUAUGGCACACCAUCAAUUGUAAUGUGCUUCACAAAGAUCAGAUGGGAAAGAGACCAGAAGAGGAAAAAUUUGAAGAUAAACAGAUUAUCAUGGUUACAGAGGACGAAGGUUCAGUAGCUGAUGAUACAGAAGGGUAAGCAACAGAAUAUCCACACACAAAGUAAAUAUAUUGUGGGAAGGAGCUUCUCUACUUCGCCUCUGGUGUGAGGAUUUUCCUGGUAGUGCUUCAAAUUUUCCAUUACCUUGUAACCAGUGUUUGUCCUUGUCGAAAGCUUCUUCAAACAGAUGGAUUUUCUGUUUUCCUUUGAAAUACCGGCAUUCGAGAUGCUUAUCUCCAUUUAAGGAAUAGUAGGAGUAGGUAUGCAGGAAGCUCCAAGCUAACAUUUCGGAGUUGCGUUUGUAGAACUGAUCCUUAUCAUGAAGUGUUCCUCUAGCUAAAUUCAGUUUACUCAACUUUAAGCUGAAGCAUGCUUAAGUAAAUUUAAUACCGCCAGUACUAGGUUAGUUGGCCUUCCAAUGUAAAACCCUGACGCCUCAUCUUAGCAUGUGUGAAAAUUGGAAGCUCUAUAUCUACUGAAGCUUGCCAGGAAGUUCGUUUACUUCUCUGAUCUUGAGUUGUUGGUGUGUUGUACUGAUCUUGCCAUCA